CUUGCUGUCCUCAGCGUUUCGCUCCGCCGCUUAUUUGCAUGCUGAUAUCUAAUUUUAGAACAUGUCACCCCGCUACGCUCUCAACGGAAGGCAGCAAGGGUCUGAUGUCAACCUCACAAUCGGCCGAAUUCACAAAACCCAGGAAUCACACGCCACGCGGUUUGAAGUCCGAUCAACACAGGCUUCCAGUGGCAAUUGGGACGCAGUGUGAAUGGACAUGCUCGGUCCAGAAAGCCACGUCUACGAUCCCCUCCCUACGCCGACUUCGGUUCGAGUUCUUCUACUGGCACCAGGGAAGCAAGAAGAUGACAUCUUCUGCUACCUCUUUACGUGCGACCUAGACAAGGACCGCACCAUCGAUAUCUCCAUUCCGCGCCCUUUUGAGAGUACAUGUGUGGCUACCGCAAAGAGACUUGAUGGUAAGGAUCCAACAAAGUCAUUCAUACUUCAGGUGGACUCGUACAUCGAUGAAAGCGAAGAAGGCACAGCAUCGGAUUCUGACAUCCAACCUACGUCUGCCAAGGGGAACGGGCUCAGGCCCAGCCAAGUUGCUCCGAAAGUUUCAAGUUUCCCGACAGACACGGCUGAUGAAUAUGCAACAAUCAGUAAGGCUGGAGAGUACAGCGCCGCCUUUGACCGAACUGAGCAGGGUGACAACUCAGAGAUCCUCCAGAAGGUCCAAGAUGUUGCUUCGAGUUUCCUGAACAAUGACAGCACUGAGGCUGCUGACAGCGAAGAGCAGCCCAAUGAAGAGCACGAGAUGAGUGACGACUGGUGGGAUGUCCAGCAGCUGACGAAACUCACGAUGGCCAAUGGCGCUCUCAACCAUCGUGUUCAUCGGCAUCCGUUCCAACGAUAUACAGCACUUUCUUACGUCUGGGGAAGCGUGGAAGAUCCGGCACACAUCACUUUGGAAGGUCAUGCGAGAUUCCAGGUUACCGGAAACUUGUUUAACGCACUGAAGUGCCUGCGUCGGCCAGAUGCAGCUCUAGCGCUCUGGGUAGACGCUAUCUGCAUCAAUCAAAACGAUCCAGAGGAGAAAAGAGUUCAGAUCGGCCUAAUGAGACGUGUGUACAAACAGGCGCGAAGAGUAAUCGCUUAUGUGCCACAGGAGCCGGAGGACAUUGAGACUUUCAAUGAGCUUGUGGGGAAGAUCCUUCAAGCGUAUGCGCAAUGCAGAAAAGCUAUCGACUCAGGAGCAGGUCGUGGGCAACAAGAGGACACUGAUGGUCUAGAGGUUGGUCAGGAAGCCAAGCUCGAGCAACACGGACAGCAAGAAGAUGGCGCCUCGGUGUCUGAUGCAUCUGGACUCAAGGUCAAGAUGUUACCUCUCAAGCCAACAGGCACUUGUAUCGAAGACUACGAUAUGCCACCCGAAGACGAUCCAGCAUGGUUUGCUUGGCGACGAUUUUUUGCUUCUCCUUACUUCAGACGGAUCUGGAUCCUACAGGAAUUUACCCUCGCCAAAAAUCUUUACCUGCACAACGGUCGUUCAGAAGAAACGUCCUCUGCCAUCCUUCUUGUCAUGCAUGCUGUCAGCAGUAUGAGUAGAAUGCUCAACGCACAAUAUUUGGGGCGUGGGGAGGACGCUGAGUUAGGUCGAGCUGCGGCUUUAGGUUGGAGGGGUCUGGAGAUGAUGAACAUGGAGAGAGUCUUCGCGCAGGAAGAUCUUCACGACGAGGUCGCACUGAAAAUGCUCAAAGAAAGAUCGAGACUGAUCGACAAGAUCCGCUAUGCCUUCGACUUCGAUGCGACCGAUCCGCGGGACAGAAUCUACGCUCUCUUGGGCCUUGUAUCAGAUUCCGAGCGCUUCCAACAUCUAGUCAGCUAUCAGCCGGCGGAUACCUAUCCAAAGAUCUACAGACGUUUUGCCAAAGCGUUGAUCGAACAAGGGCAUCUCGUGCAAGUCCUGCACAUGUCUUGCAAAACACCUUCGAGCUUACGGCUCCCUAGCUGGGUACCGGUGAGUCCAGGAUCCAUUCAGCAACUGUAUUGAAGAGUGAAAACUUACCACAAUCUCAGGACUGGUCCGCUCCUACCAUAACAUCGAUAGCUCCUGGUAUUUCCUUAGAGAAAGGCUACAAAGCUGGCUGUGACAAGACAUCAGUCCGGCCCCGCUUCAUGCAAGAUCACCUCAUCCUCUCCGGCCGAAUCUUUUCCAACAUCACCUUCAUGACUUCACCGGUCCAAAAGUACAGCCUCAACGCCGCUCUC